CUGCAUAGAUUUUUUAAUAGUGUGAAGUGUCCUGUAAUGAUUCGAUUUUUCUAUGAUUAUUUAAAUUUUAUAUUUGUACGUAAAUAAACAUGAAGUUCAAUUACAAGUUUCAAAAUUUGCUGGGCACAGUGUAUAGAAAAGGAGAUAUAUUGUUUACAAAUGAUGGAAACUGUGUUAUUAGUCCUGUGGGCAAUAAGAUAGUGAUAUACAAUCUUAAACAAAACAAAAGUAACACACUUCCUGUAGAAAGUCACUUCAACUACACAGCAGUUGAUAUAGCUCCCAAUGGAUCCAUACUCAUUGCUGUGAAUGAAAAGGGUGAAGCACAAAUGAUAAGUUUGCUAACAUGUACAGUGAUACACAGAUAUAAAUUUAAGCAAGAAGUGAAUGCUAUCAAGUUUAGUCCUGAUGGAAAAUAUUUUGCUGCAUGCUGCGAUGACACUGUUUUCAUAAUGACAGCUCCGUGCACCUUCACUGGAGAAUUCCGAUCCUUUGUUAUGAAAAGAGUAUUUAAGAAGGCUCAUGAUGACGUCACGUGUCUAGACUGGUCUUCGUGUUCAAAACUACUUGCCGUUGGCUCCAAGGACACGACAACAAAAAUAUACACUAUUGAGUAUCUAGACAAUCUAAACAUGUAUUCUUUAAGUGGUCAUACAGAUAAAAUCGUGGGAGUAUUCUUUGAGAAGAAGAGUUUAGACCUAAUAACAGUUAGUCGUAAUGGUCAGAUUUGCUUGUGGGAAGCCAGUAUUGAUAUGGAUGACCUUGUGACGUCAGAGGUGCAGAUUUCGCAUAGAAAAAGGAGGAAAUUGCAGAAUGCGGACGACAGUGAGGAUGAUGUUGACGAGAAAGAUGUUAUUGAAAAAGAUAAGGAAUAUGUAAGCGAUGAAGACAAUUCAGAGGUAGGAAAACAAGAACCAAAAACAGAGGACGAUAAAAGGCUACUGUACAAGAAGUUGGGCCGGCACUAUAUCGGUGAUGCAAUUAGAAACGCUCAUCAUAAGUGCAAACUGACUGCCGUUCAGUACCAUAAGGAGACAAAGAUGUUGGUCACGGGAUUUUCUACGGGUAUAUUCUUUCUUCAUGAAAUGCCAGAUGUUAAUUUGAUACACACGCUAAGUAUAUCGGAACACAGAAUCAGUAGCAUCGCGAUGUCGUCGCCGGGCGAUUGGAUAGCGUUCGGGUGUCCUACCAUCGGUCAAUUGCUUGUAUGGGAGUGGCAAAGUGAACAAUAUGUAAUGAAGCAACAAGGCCAUUCCCUGGACAUGACAUGCCUCGCGUAUUCUCCCGAUGGCCUAUUCAUAGUAACAGGCGGCUACGACGGCAAAGUGAAAGUGUGGAAUACUACUUCAGGGUUCUGUAUUGUGACCUUCAAUGAACACAAGUCCACGGUGACCAAUGUCACAUUUAGUGCUAAUAAAAAGUUCUUUGUUUCAUCGUCGUUGGAUGGAACUGUUCGGUGUUACGAUUUGACCAGAUAUCGUAACUUUCGAACGCUGACGUCACCGAGUCUCGUGCAGUUCAGCUGCGUAGCGCUGGACUCCAGCAGUGAGCUAUGCGCCGCUGGGGGGCAGGACGUCUUCGAGAUCUUCCUCUGGUCCGUUAAGUUUGGGAAGCUGCUUGAUGUACUAGGCGGCCACGAAGCACCGGUGUCAUCAUUAUCGUUCAGCCCUACUUUGGCAAGCUCUCGGUUGGCGUCGGCCAGUUGGGACAAAACAGUUCGACUGUGGAACUGCAUAGAGAGCAGUUCCGAUUGCGAGAUCGUGAGGCUCACUUCUGAUGCGUUGCAAGUUGUUUUUAGACCUGACGGUGAAGAGAUCGCAGUGUCCACUCUAGAUGGCAAUAUAUCGUUUUUCAACACCACCACGUGCGAGCAAACCGGCAGCGUGGAGGGCCGCAAUGACCUGGGCUCUGGACGGGCCGACACCGACCUCAUUACCCCUGAGAAAAUGCUUAAAACCAAGUAA